GGUACCGUCACGAGGCUACCCAACUCAUGAACACGUAUGCCUUAUGGCUGAGAGCUGCGUUUACUGACAGCAAUCGUCUGUCUGUCCAUAGGUUGAAAACAAUAUCGUGUUAUGCCUGAAGAAUAAUAAUGUUUAUAAAGACUGAAGGGAGAUAUUUUAGUAUCUGAAACAUGUGGCGGGGAGUUAUCGUUCUUGUAUUUUGGGGGACCAUUUCCGGUUUAAAUGGAUACGGAACUGGUGCUCCAAAAGUCAGUUCGGUUUGUUUACACCGACUACCACACCAUGGUGUGAGGUCACAAACAUCACCAAGUCCGUACGCCAUAAAAACAAUUGUGACGAAAGCAGGAGGGAAUUAUGACAUCACAGUGAAUAUAACGUCAACAAACGGAAGUGCCACCAUUAGAGGGUUUGUGGUCCAGUUAAUACCGGAAGUGACGAAGUUUGACUUCAAUGAAUAUCAGAAACCCAUCGGAAAUUUUGAGCCGAAUGAUGACGUACAAACUCUGAGCUGCCAUUCUAAUGGUGACACUGCGACCCACACUAAUAAUGGCGAUAAGGAGCUGGUUGUAAUACGAGGGAAAAUCCCAAUCGGCAGUGUUCAUCGGAAGAUAUCUAUACAUGCCACAUUGCUGAAGAGGUACGAUGUUUACUGGAGUGAUGUGACGUCAGAUGUUGGAAUAGAACCAGAUACAAAGGUUGAAGAUCCUUCCAUCGAAUGGUUAAGGCUCGUCACAGACUUGGCAAUCAGUUAUGAAGCUGGUCAGGACCAAUGGGAGGAGGAUAUCAAGUCGAGGCUGAAACUAGGAUACUUCAAAAUAGUGGAUGAUACGGGCCAUCUCAAAACCAAAUACAUUGGGGGCCAACUCCCAUUUAAAGAUCAAUUUCGGAAAUCUAAAAACAAGGUAGAAGAGGACCCAAAAGCCGCCAAUACGAGUUUUAAAGAAACUGUCGUUGAAGAAUUUCUUGCUGGUAAUUUUCAGCUAAGCGAAUCGGUGAAUGGAAUAUUGGAAUCCAUUUCUCAAAUUUAAACAUAAUAAUGUCUGCUCAUUUGAUUUUUUUAUACCCGACCAAGCGAUAAAGAGAAUUGUAUGAUGCCUCUGAUUCAUAAAACCAUUUGUUUUCAUCAAUAUAUAUAUAUAUUUUUCAUUUAGCUUUUUUAACAAUUCAUAUUAGCCACCAAUACGAACCAAUUACAUUAAAACAACUAUAGACAAAUAGGCCUUUAAUUUAAUUGUCACUGAAUGUGAUUUUACACGAUUUUACCAAUGUGUUAAUUAAAUGUAUUUUAUAUGAACGUAUCUUAAAGAAUGUUUAUUACAUGACUAAAAUAGUAUGUAUUUUCAUUGGAUAAAACAGACCAGAAUCCAUUAGUUCAAAAGCAAAUGUUAGGCCGUUCAACAAUCCACGAUUGGUUCGCACGAGUUUUUAAUUACACGUGUGCCUUGGCCUCGUACCUUAAAAUAGAAAUUACCUGUUGCUUUAAAUACGAAUUUCUGAUUGGUGAAACUAGCAAAUCAGCUUAAAUUUUGUCUUAUGAUUCAUCUAAUGAUUUUUGAGUUCUUGAAUAUCAAAUGUUACUAUUCUUUGUAUCUUCUUCAUAAAACUAAACCAUUUAAAAGGAUGAAAAUAAAAAGCUACACAGAAAAACAGAGUUCCCAAAAUAUCUCAUCUUCGCUGGCCAAGUGUGUUCAAUAUCAAAAUCAGGAAGAUACUGGAUCGUAACCCUUGGUAAGCGAAGAUGAACAUAUCUGAAAAACUCGAUCGUCGCUGUGAAGAAAUCUU